CAAGUUAAAUGUUUCUUCAAUAUAUUUCUAUCCAUUAAGUAAGUAUUCACUAAAAUUUUAUAUGUUGUUAAAGUUCUUACGAUUAAUUAUUUUUAAACGAUUAAAAAGUUCUUUAAGAAAUUCUUUAAAUGUGAAAGUACAUAUAUUUUCAGUUUAAAAACAAAGAAACAUUGUAUUAUUAUCAUUGAAUUAAUAUAAUUUCACUCUUUUAUUAAUCUAUUAUUAAAUGACAUAUGCAACAAUUGAGUUAUAUUUCUGUAAGCCGAUUAUAGACUUUCAAUUAUUUGGCAAUGUCUUUCUCAAAGAGUGAGGAAGAAAAGGGGGAUGGAGGGGAGAAUUCUGAUCUCAGAGAAGAGAGCCAUUUUCCAAGUCUUCGUUUAGACAUUCUAAAUAUAACUGGAGGCUCUAUAGGCUUUACUUACUGUGUCAUACUGUGCAGAGUAGUAUCUCACUGUGUUGCGUAGAUUUCACUUGUUUUCCACCUUUAGUAUGGCAUAAUGCCAAUUUUCUUUAAUUAAUGAUAAAUUUCUAUUAAUUAUUUUGAAAUAAUACAUCAGAUAUUUAAAAGUGAACUUAUUCUUACUUUCUAAUAAUAUAUAGGAUCAUGGAUCUUAUAAUUCAUUCAUGUCCAAUUGUGUUUCAUCUAUCUUUUGAGACAGUACAUAAGAACGACCCAUACAUCCUACUUUCAACCACCAGGGUUAAAGAUCUUUAUGAUCACAUUGAGGAAAAUUAUCAAGUACAACCUGACAGCUUUAAGUUGUUUCUACUAGCAACUGGAAAAGUGAUUGAUUUAUCUGAAAUGAAAGAUAAACUUAUGGCAGAUGUUGGUGUAGUUUUUUCUAAUGAAGAAGACUUAUUAAAAUAUAAAUAUGCACUCUUAGUUAUGAGGCCAACAGAUACUUUGACAAAAAUGGAACUCGAAUAUAAUGCAUCAUCUAAUAAUUUAGGAGGGAUGCCUCUUCGUCAUUCAAUAAUACUGGAAGAAGAUAAUAAUACUGAUUAUAAAAGUUAUAUUAAACCCGAAACAGGUUAUGUAGGUUUGGUAAAUCAAGCAAUGACAUGUUAUUUAAAUAGUUUGCUUCAAGCAUUAUACAUGACUCCUGAAUUUCGAAAUGCAUUGUACAAUUGGGAAUAUACAAGUGGAUCGGAUACAGAUGAAGCUAGAAGUAUUCCAUAUCAGUUACAAAACUUAUUUUUAAACUUGCAGACAUCAACAAAAUCAGCUGUGGAAACUACAGCGUUAACAAAAAGUUUUGGUUGGGAUUCUACUGAAGCUUGGCAACAGCAUGACAUUCAAGAAUUGUGCAGAGUAAUGUUCGAAGCAUUAGAACAGAAAUUUAAAAACACAGAACAAGCUGAUUUAAUCAACAGGUUUUAUGAAGGAAAGAUGAUUGAUUAUGUUAAAUGUUUGGAAUGUGGAACUGAGAAGUCUAGAGAAGAUACUUUUCUUGAUAUACCAUUACCAGUAAGACCAUUUGGUAGUAAUGUGGCAUACAAUAGUGUGGAAGAAGCCUUAAGAGCAUUUGUACAAUAUGAAACAUUAGAAGGAAGUAAUCAGUAUCAUUGUGAAAAAUGCAAUAAAAAAUGUAAUGCGCAUAAAGGAUUAAAAUUUACAAAAUUUCCAUAUCUUUUAACAUUACAUCUUAAAAGAUUUGAUUUUGACUUUAAUACUUUUCACAGAAUUAAACUUAAUGAUAAAGUCACUUUUCCAAAUAUAUUAAAUUUAAAUCACUUCGUAUCAUCUACAACAGAUCAGGAAUCUUCGAAUAGCGAGGAGAACACAAAUUUAGCGAAAUGUGAUGAUAGUUCAACAACAGAUAGUGGAACGUUAGAUAAUGAUUAUACUUCAUGCGAAAAUAGUCUUCCUAACAGUAAUCAUUCGAGAACUACUGAUCCAGAUGAUGAUGAUGAAGGAGUAGAUGUUCUAAGUAAUGGACCAUCAACAUCAACUUCUACUGAACAUAAUCAUGAAAAUGAAAAAAAUCAUAGUAGUAAUGCUACAAAAGGUCCUUAUAAUUAUGAAUUGUUUUCAAUUAUGAUACAUAGUGGUAGUGCUAGUGGUGGUCAUUACUAUGCAUAUAUAAAAGACUUUAGAACUCAAGAAUGGCUGUGCUUCAAUGAUCAAAACGUGACUCAGAUAACGAAUGAUGAUAUUCAAAAAACAUAUGGCGGCGGCCCAACUAGAUCGUACUACAGUGGAGCAUGUAGCAGCACUAAUGCAUAUAUGCUUAUGUAUAGACAAAUUGACCCCGCUCGCAAUACUUUGCCUAUGCAAGUGCACGAUUUUCCAAGCCACAUACAGAAAUUAUUAAAAAAGAUAAAAGAAAAAGAGGAGAAUAAAGAAAAGAUGAAAGAAAACGAAGAUAAUGAUAGAAUCUUCGUCUCUUCUAGAGAUCAUGAUAGAAAUGAUAGAGACGAGGAUAACGAUAGAAUCUUUGUUUCUAAUGAUCAUGAUAGAAAUGAUAGAGACGAAGAUAGCGACAGAAGAGGCGAUAGAGUGGUAAUACAUACAAACAGGGGUAGAUAUUAUAAACGAAUUGCACGUGAAUACCUACCACCUUCAUUGUGUCGCGAUUUUAUGCUCGAUCCAACGUCAGAAAAUAAAUGCAUGAUUAAAGUGCUAGUUGGUUGUCUACAUCCAUCAGAAAUUAGAAUGAACUGGCUUACGAUAGACUUCUCAUAUGACAUAACUUGGGCGGAAGCUACAAAGCUAUGUUGGUGGAAGUUUAAUUUGGACGGAGUAGUAAAUCUCGAUCAAUGUCGUUUAGUUCGUUACGAUGCCUUUUUGAAUUUAAUUUUGUGUCGCUAUGAGGGAAUGGAAGAGAGAACUUUUGAAGACGUCUGGAAAACAGAGGGAUAUACUUUACUGUUAGAAAUACGCGACGCAAAUCAGAUGUUCGAAGAGAAUGAGCAAAAUGUAAUUACAUCAAAAGUGUACGUCCUUGACGUUACCGAGAAGAAAAUCACAGAAGACCCAUUGCUUGUGCGAGCCUUACGUUCUCUGACUGUCAAAGAAUAUAAAACAAUAGUAGCUAUGUUAGUCGGUAUGAACUCUAGUGAAAUGACGGUAAUACUAGGAGAACCAGGAAGUCGCUUAAAACUCAUGGACUAUGACGACAAUGCUGAAUUAAGUAGUGUCAACUUCACUGAUAGGAUGGAUGUGUUUGUAUCAUCUGUAUGUAACGAUGAAUGGAAAUCGUUUGUCGAAACUACAACUUCAUGUGAAAUUAUAACAAAUUAUGCAAAUCGUGCAAAUAUUAUUACAGUGCGCUUGAAACUUCCUGAUUUCAAUGAACUUUAUUUGAAAGAAUUGUAUGCCCCAACAUUAGAAAAGAGAUGUAAAGACACGGAAAAACCUAUUGCUGAAAGUCCUUCAAAACCAAAUGUCAAUGACUUGCAUAAUAGUGUUACAUCCAAGUCCAGUGAGGCUCUAAAAAUUGAGAAAAGUAACGAGGAUGUGUCAAAGAAUGCGAGCCCACAGUUAGAAGAAGGCGAAAAAUGGAAUACACCAGAACAGAGUAAUAGUGAGGAUAGUAGUCUCAGUGACAGUGAUAAAACAUUGGUCGGAGACGCUCUUGAAUAUAAUGAUUUUCAUGUAAUGUACUACCGUCCAAUCAGUACGAAUAAUGAACCUGAUAAUGAAUAUUACUUUAAAGUUACGCCCUACGAGGCUCACAGUAGUAAAUUUCUAAAAGUAGAAGCAGAUAAGAAGAUGAAGUACAGAACGUUUAUUAAAAAACUGGAGCCAUAUAUCGGUGUACCGUCGGAGUACUUUAAAAUUUUCUAUAGGAACGAGGAUUUAGGAGAAUUCAUGUAUUUUCAAAUACAAAAACAUUUACUUUUCUAUAAUGAAGACGAGUACCUUAAGGUCAAGGUUGGACGUUUCUUUGAUUUUAGAAUAAAAGUAUACAUGUUCCUUCCUCAGAUGGAUAACCUAUUCAAAUUUUUGGGUGAGUGGUUCUUUCACAUGGACAUGACUGUUGCCGACGUAAAGAGAGACAUCUUGGCAGAUAUUAAGGAAAAACAUGAUAUGGAUAUACCGUUCGACAGAUGUCGCCUGAGGGAAAAGCAUCUUACGUUAGCAACAAAAGUAUACUUAGAUGAUCAAAAACUUGAAGAUUUAAUGUUGUAUCGAAAAUCUGAGAUGGCCAUACAAGAGUUACUUGAUAAGGACCCAGUUACUAACAGUAGUCAAAUUAUAGUAUGCGUUAAAAAUGUGAAUAAAUUGUAUGAACCGUGCGCAGAAAUAGUCAUGGACGGAAAGUCUAUAGCGGAAAUGAGGAAAAAGUUAUCUGCAUUAACGAAUAUACCUGAGAAACACAUUGAAAUAGCAAAACUAGAAGAUGAUACGUCACUAAUGUUCACACCUUUGACUCUUCAUAUGAAAUCAAUGUGGCAUAGACAAGAGUCAGACGUUGAAUUUGACAUCGAAUAUGGUUCUCUGUUUUUGUAUAGAGAUAACAGGUAUAGAAGAGAUCUUCUGCCAAAACUGACGAGUCGAGAUGAGUCCAAUGAAGUUACAAUUCAAGAUGUGUCUAACGUGAAAUUUAUUUCAAGUUUAAACAAGUUUAAACAGCCGUAUACUCGCCGAAAAGAGAAAGCGCUUAGAAUACAUUUAACCGGCACCGAAUGAUCAUCCAUUGAACAUACAUCUUCUGAUAAACGACUGUUAAAUAGACACGUGUGGGAACAUGAAACGAUUGCGUACAAAGUAAUUGGAACGCGUCAGGUAUUUGUAAAGUCAAGUAUUCUACAACCACCAAAUAUUCUGUGCUUUGAUAAAUCUUCGGCAUUUCAAAGCUUUCGCGCUCCUAAAUUUAGUUGGUUUCUCGAAUUAAUUGGAUUCGUAAAAUUCAGCGGGUUUUUUAAACAUUAUAUGUUAUCUAGGAAUAUUAAAUCUCAAUUAUCGCGGCUGAUCGCAAAAUUUGUUGAAACCCUGAGGAAUAUCAAAUUGUCAAUCAUUUACAGAUUAUUAAAUUAUUUUACUAUCUAUAGAAUCUUACUAAAGAGCGCUAAUACUAACGAAGAUAAUAAAUGAACUGGGUGGUAACGAAUAAGAGAAACGAAUUGCUCGGUGAUAAUACGAAUUUAAACUACAGACUUAUAAUUUAUAUAUGUAUGUAACUGAUAAACGUUCGGAGUUCCUGCAUCAACAUUUUCAAGAAAUCCUCGACGCCUCCCUUAACUGUUAGGAAUUUCUAGGCCUUCAUGCAUCAAACCAUGUUAAGCAAAUUUUCCAAUUAGAAAAAGCUGAAAGAUUUUGAAUGUCCGAAUGCAGCACAGAAAGCAGCCUUCAAAAAUCUAUUGGUCUAAUGUAAUGAGAAUUUAGAUUAUAAAACUCUAGCAAUGGGGUAUAUUUGUGGAUUGUGGAUACAUGGUUGUAUAUAGCAGAGACAAGCUCUUGUUGUUCUGUCGCAGAUUUUGAAGACAAGUGAUGAGUAGCUUUUAACAUCAGGAAUUCUUCAGACAUACCUGUGAAGGGUUACAUACCUUUAAACACCAGAAAAAUAAGAUAAAUUCAACAUUUUUUUAUAUAUAAAAUAAUAUUUUUUUAAAAAUUCUAUAUGUAAAUGUAAUUAUUAGAUGUUAUUUAAAUAGACUUUUGCUAAAAAUUUGAGUCAUAUAUUUAAAAAUAGAAAAAUGAUACAGCCAUUUCACUACAACACUGCUUACGGUACCAGAUGUAUCUUCGUGGAAUUUUGUCUGAAAUGAAUUACUUUAAUUUUAUGUUGAAUUGUAUAAUACAAACUAGACUUUAUCGAAGAUUAUUUCAAAAAACUUCGUUUUUUUUUUAAAUAUCAAGCACUUGAACCGAAAAAGGUAAAAAAAAAUAAUUUUUAACUUCGUUAAUUAAAAGAAAAAAUGCAAAAAUCAAAGGGUCUUUUCAAUAAGAACUAUACAAUAAUCUUAAGAAUAUUAUUGCUAACUUUUAUUCAUAUCAGUGCAGUAGUCUCUCAGACAUUUCUGGUACCAAUUUUGAAAACUUAAUUUUGAGAAAAACGUAUUUAAGGUUUCAACUACCUAUCACCACUAAAAGCCAAUAAGAAUUCUAAUUAUUUUCUUUAUUGACUUACAACGUAUUACCGAUCUGCGGUCCAUAGAGUUCUUCUUCUUUUAAAAUGAAAGCCUCUUGAUUAUCUUUUUUUCUUGACUUACCGGGAAUUUGUCCUUCCUUCGAAGACAGUGCAGCGUGUUUAACAAAACAUCGACUACCUUUUUCGUCCAACCACAAAUUUUAUGCCCAACAGUUUUAAUGGAAAACAAAUCGCCUAUUUAUUUCAUACGUGAAGCCGUUAAACAGGCAAUACGGAAUUGAAACUAGAUUACCCUUUGCAUAGACUAUCACGACUUUAAAUGAGUCUUCAAAUUUCAUCUGCUUUAAAUUUGAUAUGCACACUCUUUACACUUCACAUGCUCACUUAAGAUUAAGAAAAUCGUUAAUAAGUUAAGAACUUCGUAGUCAAUUGUCUUUUCUUCCGGCACAUAUGCAGGCACACCGUGAGUAGUUCUUAGUUCCUUUGCGAUUGAACUCUUAUUCAGUUUUUCCUGCUUCACCAUGUGAGUCUUUUUCGAAGGAAUUUUCUUUCUUUUCACAUCUUUAAGGUAUUUUGAAGAUCGAUAUAGUUCUUAUAAACUUUUGUGACGAUAUGUUUUAUGCACAAAAAUUGUGUCCGCUCUAAACGCAUAACGUAAUACGUUUAAAUAUACAUUCAACUAGACUACACUGAUUUAAUUAAAAUUAAGACGUUAUAUAAAAAAAAUGUUGGUUACACUUAAGCAUUUGAACAUGUUUAAUCUCAGAAGCAAAUGAUUUUUAUUGUUAUAUUAUUUUAUCAUCAAGUGAUUUUCCUACAUGUGCGUAAGAGUAGAUACAAUUAAUUGCCUCAUCAACCGAUCGAACUUCUGGAGCUAUAAAUCCGAUAGUUUUAUAAAUUUUCAAAUAAAACUUUGAAAGAAUAUUCUAGAAAAACUAUACUAGCAGAAUAUACAAUUUUUGAAAAACGAUCUUUUUUGCCCCUAUAAAAGGUAUGUAACCCUUUAAUCCUUUUAAUGCCAGUGUAGGUUAAAUUGCAUUCAUACAGAAUUCUCAGUUAUAAGUUCUCUUCACCCUCUCAACAGUUUAAUUAGAUAGUAGUAACAAUUAGGUACGUCAUAAAUUCAAUUAUGACUUUUUAUUACCAAAAGAUAAAUGAUGCUUUCUAUUUACGAACGUUAUUUAUCGCCAAUUAAGAAUUCUAUUGCAAAAAAUAAAAAUAUGAUUUCUAAAUUGAUUUAACGUAUUUAAUAAAUCUUAAAAGUCAUUAAAUCAUUUAAAGUUGGAGUUGUUAUUACUACUAUCAAAUUAAAUAAAAUCUCUUCGAUGUGAUUAUUAAGACCCAUCUUGGCUAGGCAUAUAUUUUGCACUACGUUUUAAUUUAUUUAAUUAUAUAUGUUUAUUCAUUCAUUACAUGUUAUUGGUACAAAGAAAUCUGUACCAUUUGAAGAACCAAAAAGUACAUUUAGCCAUGGCAUUAUUGUUAUUUCCUACAAGUCAAAUUUUCGAUACAUUAAAGAAAAGAUUCCACAAGGGAGUCCACCAAAUUUACAUUUGUAUGAUAGAUCAGUUGCUUGUACAUAAUAAAACUUGUGAAUCUAA